GGGCGGAUUGAUUGACUGGAGCGGCAGCCAAUAACAUAGGCGGAUGGCGGGCGGCGAGCUAAUGGUGGGGCGAGGGAGGUGCGGCCCGCCGCUGGCUGAUUGAUCCCAGCCGUGGCGUCGCUCAGUUGGAGCGAGAACAUUCUAGAGAUUGACUGGCGCCGCCGCUGCUGCUGAUUCCGCCCGCCCCAGGACGCUCGGACCCGGCGGCUGCGGCGCCCGCCUUCCCUCCGCCCGGAUAUAAGCGCCUCUCGGCCCCGUUCUCCUUACACACUCGGCUUCGUCGCAGCCCGGGGCGAGCAGCGUUGGGUUUAUGUCUUUAUUGGACGAAAACGAGCUGUUGCGCAGCCAUUGGUACCUGUAUUGGGGGAACAUAGCAUACAAACAAGAACCUUACAGCCUCAGUGGCGAAAACUUUUUCAUGUCAGAGACCGAGAACUCUUGCAGUCGUUUAUGUCAUCCCGUCUUCUCCAGACAGAAGAUACCAAAAAGCUGCAAUCAAAGAUCUCUUCAUCUUAUUGAUAAAGCUACUAAUAAGACAAAAUGUCUGUCAAUGUCAACCGCAGUGUUUCGGAUCAGUUCUAUCGCUACAAAAUGCCCCGUCUGAUUGCAAAGGUUGAGGGCAAAGGAAAUGGAAUAAAGACAGUUAUAGUCAACAUGGUUGACGUUGCAAAGGCGCUUAAUCGGCCUCCAACGUAUCCCACCAAAUUUUUUGGUUGUGAGCUGGGGGCACAGACCCAGUUUGAUGUUAAGAAUGACCGUUACAUUGUCAAUGGAUCUCAUGAGGCGAAUAAGCUGCAAGACAUGUUGGAUGGAUUCAUUAAAAAAUUUGUUCUCUGUCCUGAGUGUGAGAAUCCUGAAACUGAUCUGCAUGUCAAUCCCAAGAAACAAACUAUAGGUAACUCUUGCAAAGCCUGUGGCUAUCGAGGCAUGCUUGACACAAACCAUAAACUCUGCACAUUCAUUCUCAAAAACCCACCCGAGAACAGUGACGCUAGUACAGGAAAGAAAGAAAAGGAAAAGAAGAACAGAAAAGGCAAGGAUAAAGAGAAUGGUUCUGUGUCUAGCAAUGAGACACCAUUGCCGCCACCACCAGACGAACUUGAUGCUCCACGUGCAGUGGAGGAUGAUGACGAUGACUGGGGUGAAGACACAACUGAAGAAGCCCAGAGGCGCAGAAUGGAUGAAAUCAGUGAUCAUGCAAAGAACCUCACACUUAGUGAUGACCUAGAAAGAACAGUAGAAGAGCGAGUCAACAUAUUAUUUGACUUUGUUAAGAAAAAGAAGGAAGAAGGUGUCAUUGAGACUUCUGACAAAGAUAUUGUAGCAGAAGCGGAGAGACUGGAUGUAAAGGCUAUGGGCCCUCUAGUUUUGACUGAAGUCCUCUUUGAUGAGAAGAUUCGAGAACAGAUAAAGAGAUAUAGACGCCAUUUCCUACGUUUCUGCCACAACAACAAGAAAGCUCAGAGAUACCUUCUUCAUGGCUUGGAGUGUGUGGUAGCCAUGCAUCAAUCUCAGCUUAUUUCUAAAAUUCCACAUAUCUUGAAGGAAAUGUAUGAUGCUGAUCUUCUGGAAGAAGAGGUCAUCCUUAGCUGGGCAGAAAAGGCCUCUAAGAAGUAUGUCUCAAAAGAGCUUGCUAAAGAAAUCCGCAUCAAAGCAGAACCCUUUAUCAAAUGGCUGAAGGAAGCUGAGGAAGAGUCCUCUGGUAACGAAGAAGAGGAUGAAGAUGAAAAUAUUGAGGUGGUGUAUUCCAAGACUGCCAGUGUACCUAAAGUUGAAACUGUGAAGCCUGUAAACAAGAAAGAUGAUGACAUAGAUAUCGAUGCCAUUUAAGUGAUGUGACCUAGCUUCCAGUGUAAUACUGAAAACUGCUCUGCAUUUUUCUUCCAGAAGUGCAACAUGUACAUGCACAAGCUGAAAUGGCUUAAUAUUAUGCUAAUUAAUACUCAAAUGUCUUUUACUGUGACUGGUCUUGUGUAACUAUAAGCUGAACACCAAGGAGUCUACACAUGAGUGAACCGAUCUAGUUUGUUAAUGGCAUGUUUCUUUUUAAAGUUGUGUUGGACACAAAUACUUGGAACACAUUUAUACAGCUAUGGGAAUAAAGGAUUUGGUUUUGGUCA